ACGUCAAGAUGGCGGCUCCUGUAGUGAGCACGCUGCUGAGGCGGCUUCCUAGCCUUUCGCUCUUCAGAAGUGCCUACGGAGUUCAGGUUUCCCUCCAGGCUCUUUGCACUAAAGCCUCUCCUGAGGAAGAUUCUUUGCCCCCAGCUCCCAUUUCUCCUUAUGAGGAUGAACCCUGGAAAUAUCUGGACUCAGAAGAAUACCAGAACCGCUAUGGUUCUCGCCCUGUCUGGGCUGACUACCGUCGCAACCACAAAGGUGGUGUACCCUCACAGCGAACUCGAAAGACAUGUAUCCGUGGGAAUAAAGUUGCUGGGAACCCUUGCCCCAUCUGCCGGGAUCACAAGUUGCACGUUGACUUUCGGAAUGUGAAGCUCUUGGAACAGUUUGUGUGCGCCCACACGGGUAUCAUCUUCCAUGCUCCAUACACAGGAAUCUGUAUGAAGCAGCACAAGAAGUUGACCCAAGCCAUCCAGAAAGCCAGGGAUCAUGGUCUGCUCAGUUACCACAUUCCCCAGGUUGAACCCCGUGACCUUGACUUCAGUACUUCCCACGGAGCUGUGAGUAGUACUCCACCAGCCCCUACCCUGAUUUCAGGAGACCCCUGGUACCCGUGGUACAGCUGGAAACAGCCCCCAGAGAGAGAGCUGUCCCGCCUCCGCCGGCUCUACCAGGGCCAUCUCCAGGAAGAGAGUGGCCCCCCACCUGAGAAAAUGCCCAAGGCGCCCCCGACAGCUCCAUCUGAAGCUGCCUCCACGGAUCAGGCGGGACCCCAGAGUGCUGUAUAGGAGCUGCAGCAGACUGGGAGGGGAGGCUGAGGGACUAGAGCUGAGGAAUUACGUGAUGGGAACAGAUUAUAGUCCAUGUCACCCUGAAGAGUUGUGUCUAUUUUGUAACCAGUGGCAGGCCCAGGGCCAGAGGAAACAAAUGGUGGUUGUUGAACAGGGUAAAUACACCUGAGACUGAAGGAUGUACAGAUGGGUACGGGAAACCUCAACCCCUCAAUGUAAAUAGAUGGGUUAAACAUUCUGUUGGUGUUCCAGACUUCUGUCAGCUUAGCUUUUCAACAAUAAAGCUCUUUGUCACUCCUG